AUGACACGGCGGCAUCGGCGUCGAGUCGCCGUCAGCCCCCACUUUGGCAGGCUGGAGGCACGGUUGUGUGAGGAGCUGAAGGCCAGCGCCGCCUGCAGUGAUGCCAUGGCACGCAGCGGCCCCGCCCUGGCCCAGAUCCUAUGGUCCCAGGCCUCGCAGUCCCUGCUCAGCCCUGGAUCGCUGCAGGUCGUGCUGGCCUUCCUCUGCGCAGCCGCCCCCACGCUGGUGCCCAGCCUGGGUGCGCGCGAGACAGUGCUCAUCGUCUGGUCCCUGGCCAAGCUGGAGUGCCGGCCCGGCGCCUUCCUGGGGCCCCUGCUCCAGAGCCUGGCCGGGGACGGCGUGGGCAAGGGCGCGCCAGGCCUGAGGCAGCACACCUCGCGCGACCUCGCUCAGCUGGCCUGGAGCCUGGGGGCGCUGGCGGGCAUGCCGGGGCCGGCGGGCGAGGCCGACCAGGCGCGCCGCAUCCUGUCCGACGUCGCGGACGUGCUGCACGGCCGCCAGCUGCGGGACCUGGGUCCGCGGGGCUUGGCCAACCUACUGCAGGCACUGGCAGACUCCCAGCUGGCCGGGCACCGCGUCUUCGGGGCCGCGGCCAUGGUCCUGGCGAGCCACCCCCCCUCGCCCGACGACGGCCCGGCGUGGGCCAUGUCCGCCCGCGACGCGGCGUGCCUGCUGCGCUCCCUGUCCCUGCACCACGCGGCCGUGGCGGGGCCGGGGGCGGCCUGCCACACGCACCUGCAGCGUGCUCUGGACGCGCUCCUGCUGCACCUGUCCCGGCUGGUGCCGGGUGCGGGCACGCACGAGGUCACCACCGUGGCCUGGGCCCUGGCCACGCUGCAGCACCGCCGGCCCAAUGUGCUGACGACCAUCACGGACCGGGCCUGCCAGCUGGUGCAGGAGGGCGACUGGGACGUGCAAGCGGUGAGCAAGCUGUGCUGGGCCUGCGCCCGGCUGUCCUUUGACGCCCCCGCCUUCUUCGACGCCGUCGCCAGGCUCGCGCCAAGCCGGCUAUUCAGCCGCCGGCAGCCGGAGGCACGCACCCUCGCGCUCCUCCUGGGGGCGUACGCCACACUGGGCAGGUGCUCCGGCGAGCGCGAGCAGGAGCUCUUCCGUUUGGCUGCGGUGCAUGGGAUGACCUGCGAGCACCUGAUCAACCUGGCCUGGAGCUACUGUGUGGCGGGACUGUACCCCCCCGAGUUCUUCAGCGCCUGGAGGCUGGCUCUGGCUCUGCAGGCCCAUCGCCUGUCGCACCAGGACCUGCAGAAGCUCUUCCUGGUGGAGGCAGCCCUCCAGCUGGAAGCUGCCUCAGCGUCAGGCAUCGGCAAACCAGAAGACUUUGCAUCUUUCUUCCAGGGGCUGUACGAGGUGUUUGCCGCGCUGCAGGAACUGGGCCUGGCGCCGCUGAUGGAGGAGUGGCGGGAGGGACAGUACUCCAUCGACAUCGCCAUCCCCACCGAGCUGAUUGCGGUGGAGGUGGACGGGCCCACCCACUUCCCCUGGGCGUCACGGCGCGUGCUGGGCAAGACCGCGCUGAAGCGGCGCCUGCUCACGGCCAUGGGCUGGAGGGGUGUCACCAAGGACGUCAUCACAGCCGGGAGCGGUGCCAAGCCCGAGCGGGGUCAGAAGGUGCAAGUGCACUACACGGGCACUCUGGAGAACGGCAACAAGUUCGACUCCAGCCGUGACCGCGGGCAGCCUUUCUCAUUCACCCUGGGUGUGGGCCAGGUCAUCAAGGGCUGGGACGAGGGCGUGGCGACCAUGCAGAUCGGCGAGCGCGCCAAGCUGACCAUCAGCCCCGACUAUGGCUACGGAGCUCGCGGUGCCGGCGGCGUCAUCCCCCCCAACGCCACCCUGAUCUUCGACGUGGAGCUGCUCAAGGUAUAA